AUGGUUUCUAUCAAACAUUUCGAUGAGGACUCGUUCGAGACGACUAACCUUGACGAAGAAUGUUCUUCUCACACCGAUAAUCAUAAAAUUCAUGAAUGCAUUUCGAUCUUGUCAUCCUCUGGGAAUACAAAUGAGCAAAUCAAUGAUCUUCAAGGGUUAAGUUCUUUAUUAUCUCACCAGACGAGUUCCAAUGAGUUCAUUUCGUCGGAAGGUCGACUUAUACGUUCAAAAAUUCAGCGUUUGUUUCAUUUUCUUGCCAAUGAUGAUUAUAAGGAAUCCAUGGCACAAGCACAAGGUGAUCGCAUAUCCAAUCUAGUUCAAGUUGAUCGUGCAUUGAUUGAAUUGGAUAGAAAUGCCACUUUGAAAUUUCGAAAUUAUAAACAAUUACGCGAACAACUUUUAGCAUCGACAGCAGUGAAAACUACCGAGCAGCACGAAACGAAUUUGAAACCAACAACUACCAGCUCGAUUUCUCAGUAUAAUUCUCUGAAAUACUACGUACAUUGGCUUGUUCAGAGUUCAUUUUUCAAAUGGUUUAUCAGUUUGAUCAUUUGUUUAGAUGCAGUCAGACUUACAGUUGAAUAUAGUUCGCCGAAUGAUUCUCAAGCGAUGAUCUAUCGUCUAGCUGUCUUCAUCAAUCGAUGUAUUCUCUUUAUAUAUCUAUUCGAAUUAGUAUUCAAAUGGAUUGAUAAUUUCACAAAUUUUUGGUACUCACCGGUGAAUAUUUUAGAAUUCAUUCUAACCGCUACAUCGCUACUAAAUUUAAUCAGUGAAAUAUAUAUCGAUACAACUGAUGAUGAUAGUUCCCAUUUGGAUCGAAGGUUUCGUAAUAACAAUGAUCCAACACCAGCGAAUACUUUGCAGCGAAUCCGAUCGUAUGGAUCGAUCUUAUCUCUAUUUCGAACCUUGCGUAUGUUACGUAUCUUACGCAUAUUGGAAGUGGUUUUUCGUUUUACUCAAGUACGAAUUGUAUUUAUUGCUUUGAGUCGUUCGGUGAAACUCAUAUUCCAUGUUGUUCUCCUCACAAUCAUCAUCAAUUAUUUUUUUGCAUUAAUUGCUCUUUAUCUAACACAAUUCGGAUUGAAUACAACGUCGGAAGAACAUAUGUCAAAGAUUAAUUCUUUAUUUGGAACAGUGUCUCGAGCAUUCAUAACUGUGUUUCGUUUGUUUACGAAAGAUGAAUGGUAUGAAAUCAAAUUAGAGAUGUACUCUCUAAGAAUCAAUCGAUUCAUCAUCGAUCUGUAUGUCAUUAGUUGGCUAUUUUUCGGCGGUUAUGUACUCAAUCCAUUACUAAUCGGAGCAAUGGUUGGAACAUUCGAUGAAACACGAAAAGAAUUAACUGAAGGUGUUAAAUAUAUCAUAUCGACAACUGGUUUACCAUUGCAAGAAAUCGAUUCGCUUGAAAAUCAAUCGUUUUCCGCCUUUCUAAAUCGCAUCAGUUCGGUGGAUAAUGAUCAUGAUCGAUUCGAUGAAUGGCUUCAUCUUACUUCGAGCGAAAUUCGUUUACUCACUCAAGAUCGUAUUGAAACUCGUUGGCCAAUUUAUAUGGCGUUUUAUUACCUUCAACUACUUGAGAUCUAUUUUGAGAAUCUCGUCGAGCGGCAAUUACUAUUUGAUUUCAUUUCAAUUUAUUUAUUGACAUUACAUGAUAAAGAGAUUAAAUCUCUAAACCCACCAAUACUUUCAUCAUCUUCAGAUGAUGACGACGAUUGA